UUUAAUUUUUGAGUUUACUAAAUACUCCACGCGCGGACUAAAUUGUUGGGGGUGUUACUAAAUACUCCACGCGCGGACUAAAUAAGGGCGCGCUCAAUCGGUAACGUGCUCCGGACGAACGCCACUACGAAGUAUUUAAAGGCAUGAAACUCCCCCAUUGAAAGGGACUUUUUCUCUCUCUCCUCACUUUCCACUUUCAACUAUCUCUCUACACUUUAUCUCUCUAUCUAUUCUCUCAAUUCAUCUACACAAACAUACACUGACUUGCUCGUCGGAGCUUAAUCCGGGGGGCAACCCCGGCUCUUUCACAGGUUCUCCCCCUCCCGACGGGAUCGGACGAACGGACGACGAGUCUACCCACACCAACAAAUAUCAUUGUUCGUGUCUUGAGCAAGCUGGCACAAACAAUUGGCGCCCACCGUGGGGCAUCACUUGGACAUUCUGUUCAUCUGCUUCCUAAAGGAGGAGGAGACCUCAGUAGAUGAGGAAUGGUGGAAACAUAAAAAAAAAAAAAAAGAUGAAGACACCCCAUCUUCGUCACUCUCUUCUUGUCUUCUACCAUCAUACCUUCUGAAAGAAAUCCUUCUUUUUUUGGUCAAGAAAUUUCAGUGCAGUGGCGAUGCAAAUUCCUGCUUUCCGCCUCCCCCGCCUAUUUAACCACUCUUCCAUGCCUCUGCUCCAUCUCCCCAUCGCCGGCCAAAUCAGCCCACCAAAGCUACAAUGACCGCGCAGGAUGAGGAGAAACAGUAAAGCAAUCCAGAUCUCCGACGACUAGGCUCGACGCUGGACCUCCGGUGAAGAGAAACCGUAGAGUUCAACCCAUUUCCCAAAAAUCGGGCAUGCUCCACUACAGUAAAUAGACCACAAAUCGAGGAACGGGGGGAAGGUCUCUGUCAGAAAAAGAAGAUGGGCAGAGUUUUCGAGGCAAGCACAGUUACCAAGGCAAGAGACGACCCACUAUCGACAUCCUUCCUCGCCGCAUAAUGGUUGCCGCAACUGCUCACCAGCCGCCAUCAUCGAUUUCGCUGCAAGCUCUGCUCCGCUCUUUCCGACGCUCAGCCUCUCCGCGCUCCGCUUUUUCGCGCACAACAACAGAUGUGAGUUCUGUGAGAUCGCCUCCAAAGCCACCACUCUCGUGUAUCUAUGCGCGCCUCGUGACACAAGACCAACCAAAUUUUGUUUACGGCGCGCGGUCGCGCUUGACUUGAGCUUCUCUCUCCCAUCUCUCUACGAUGCAAAAAAAAAAAAAACUCAAUAAGGAUAUUUACCCUACUUCUCGCUCCACCAAUAUCCACCAAGACUGUGUGCCCGCGCCACCAACCCGCAGCCCGAAUCCCAACUCACGGCUCAACUCUCCUUCCGCCAAGUCUGCUCUCUUCCACAUGGGCCCACCCAACUCCAGUUCGCAACCCACGGCCUGCUCACAAACUCCGCUCCACUUCAGAGCCCCGGGCCGAACCCUAACGCGCGGCCCACUUCAAACGCCAUGCAUCGCAUGGCUCGACACCAAUAACGGCCCGCUUAACAUCUGGCCCGAUCAGCAACAAACCUUACAAGCGCCAUCGAAAUAGAAUGUAGUUGCGGAGGUUCGAAACCGCGCCACUUCUCCAGGAGACAAGCGCACUAACCAGUAUGCAACAAGACUCCAUUGGUCACAUAAGCGAGGAGCAUUUGUUUUAACAUCUCCUCACUCGCGAUCCACAAGGCCCACUCUCGUGCACCAAAUAUGUCCGCCAGGCACCUCUUCGCGUCCCGCGUUCAAAGUCCGCUACGAGCCGCCUUACAUGGACCAACAAAUUCAAACUCGCGGCCCGCGCCCGAGUCAGCAUCACAGGCCACAGCCUGGGUCGCGGCCCACCUUCCGCAUCAAUACCCACUCGCGGCCCGCUCCACCCUUCAGCUCGCGCCACCGGGCCCACCUUCCGCCUCAAGCCCACUCGAGGCCCGCUCUACCCUUCAGCUCGCGUUUCUGGCCCACCUUCCGCCUCAAGCCCACUCGCGGCCCGCUCCACCCUUCAGCUCGCGUCACCCGGCCCACUCCCGCCAGAUGGGCCCACCACCGCUCAGUCGUGCGCGAGGCACCCCAAAAAUCAUGCGUGGUAGACAGGCGUCGAACCGCUGACCAAACAUUCGCGUGCAAGCAAACGGAACCAGUGGACUACGUGACAAUUGUUGUCAAAUGAGCGCGGAAGGUUUAUUUUACCUUUUUGCUCGUGCUGCUUCUCCAACUCGCGGCCCACUCACCAAAGAUGGGCAAUCCACAACUCGACAACAGGCGCUGAGACCACCAAAACGAAAAUGUCGCCGCCAAGAGGAAUUGAACCCGCGUUCACUCCUCAGCCAGACAAGCCAUAUCACCAACAGACUACAUAUGCGCGUUGUGAUUCUUUGGCGCAACACUCUUAUUUAACUCUCUUCGCGCCGCUUCGCCAAUAGAAAGCUAAGUACUCUAUCCCUUUAUCACUAUCAAAUAUUGAAAUAUUUUACUCUCAUGAGCGUUAAUGGCGCUAAGGGAGAGGGCACAUUGCCUCGAAGACUCCAAACUGAGGGUUAAAAACCCCGACGAGGAGCCACAAAUAAGUCUCAACGAAGCACACAAAUAAGACUUCAAUAAGAGCAUCGAAGACUCCAAACUGAGAGUUAAAAACCCCGACGAGGAGGGCUCCAAACUGAGGGUUAAAAACCCCGACGAGGAGCCACAAAUAAGUCUCAACGAAGCACACAAAUAAGACUUCAAUAAGAGCAUCGAAGACUCCAAACUGAGGGUUAAAAACCCCGACGAGGAGCCACAAAUAAGUCUCAACGAAGCACACAAAUAAGACUUCAAUAAGAGCAUCGAAGACUCCAAACUGAGGGUUAAAAAAAAAACCCCCGACGAGGAGAGCUCCAUGAAGAAUCUACAAUGAGUGAAGGCUACACGCCUUAAUGAAAUACACCAACUGGGGGGCAAGACGCAAGAAGCUGGCACCGCGUCAGUCAAACGCGCCACCAGCUGGGGGGCAACUGGGGUACAUAGGGCUCCACCCAAAAUUACCUACGAAGAUUUAAAAAAAAAUAAUAAGCUAGCGAUGAGUUAAGACUCACCACCAGCUUGGGGGGCAAUUGUUGGGGGUGUUACUAAAUACUCCACGCGCGGACUAAAUAAGGGCGCGCUCAAUCGGUAACGUGCUCCCGACGAACGCCACUACGAAGUAUUUAAAGGCAUGAAACUCCCCAUUGAAAGAGACUUUUUUUCUCUCUCCUCACUUUCCACUUUCAACUAUCUCUCUACACUUUAUCUCUCUAUCUAUUCUCUCAAUUCAUCUACACAAACAUACACUGACUUGCUCAUCGGAGCUUAAUCCGGGGGGCAACCCCGGCUCUUUCACAGGUUCUCCCCCUCCCGACGGGAUCGGACGAACGGACGACGAGUCUACCCACACCAACAAAUAUCAUUGUUCGUGUCUUGAGCAAGCUGGCACAAACAAUUGGCGCCCACCGUGGGGCAUCACUUGGACAUUCUGUUCAUCUGCUUCCUAAAGGAGGAGGAGACCUCAGUAGAUGAGGAAUGGUGGAAACAUAAAAAAAAAAAAAAAAGAGGAAGACACCCCAUCUUCGUCACUCUCUUCUUGUCUUCUACCAUCAUACCUUCUGAAAGAAAUCCUUCUUUUUUUGGUCAAGAAAUUUCAGUGCAGUGGCGAUGCAAAUUCCUGCUUUCCGCCUCCCCCGCCUAUUUAACCACUCUUCCAUGCCUCUGCUCCAUCUCCCCAUCGCCGGCCAAAUCAGCCCACCAAAGCUACAAAGACCGCGCAGGAUGAGGAGAAACAGUAUUUGAAAUAUUGCCUUUUAAAAUGCAUGUAUUUGAAAUAUUAUCAUUUGAAAUAGGGCUAAUAUCAUUGGGAAACUCGAACUAUAAACUGUGCGCCAUUUGUAUCCUAAAGUAUUCGAUAUGACAAUUGUGUCACAACGUAUGAUAAUUGUGUGUCAUUUAUGUCCUGACGAUUUCGUUGAUCAUUAUAGAUAACGGUUGACCAAACGGAAGUCAACAUUAACAUUGACUUUUGUUGACGUGGCAGCCACGUGGAUGCCACAUCAAUGACACUUCAUAUUUUCAAUUAAAAAUUAAAAAAAAA